CGUAGACGUACUACGCAGAACAUGAGCUGAAGAGGCGUUCGCCGUACCUUUGUCCAAGCUAUCCAAACGCGAAAAUCCCAUAAAUGGAUCGGGGGUCGAAGCGGCGGCAGGUGAAGCCUUUGGCUGACUCUUUGCUGGAUGCUCUGGAUUAUGACAGCUCAGAUGACAGUGAUUUUGAAGUUGGAGAUGCGUCAGGUUCAGAGGGCACUGGCAACGGAAGUGAUGAGGAGGGUUCAAAGGACAGCGUUGGGGGCUCUGAGAGUGACUUUGACGGUGUUGGCUCAGCCAAUGAAGAGGGCAUAGAUGAUGAAGAGGCCAAAGAAUUGAAUGAAGACACUGAAGAAGAGGAGAAAGCCAAGGACCAGUCUUUUUCCGAGGAGACCAGCAGCAAAGAAGCAGGUGGAACCUCCAAGAAUCGCAAAAAAGGAGAAAAAUCCUCAGAUACAGAACCAAAUGGUACUGGCACCGCAGAGGAAGGCUCAGCAGAGCCAAAAAAAUGGAACCUACGGCGGAACCGGCCCAUGCUGGACUUCACUACAAUGGAAGAGCUAAACGAAAUGGAUGAUUAUGACAGUGAGGAUGACAAUGACUGGAGGCCCACACAAGGAAAAAAGAAAGGCAAGGCAUCAUCUGGGAAGGAGAAAGAAGGGAGUCAGGAAGAGGAGGACGGGGGUAGUGAUGAAGAGGACAAUGAGGAUGAUGAGAACGAGACCAGUAGUAGUGAUAGUGAGGAAGAAGGGAAGAAAUCAAAGAGGAAAGCAGGCAAGAGCACGGGAGCGUUUGAUGAGGAGGAGACCAAUGACAGCCACAGCACAUCCCAUGGGAAGGGCAAUGAGGACUCUCUGUUGGAACGGCCCCAGACCUGGAGCUCCCAGCGGAUGGAGCAUAUCCUUAUCUGUUGUGUGUGUCUGGGAGACAACAGCGAAGAUGCGGAUGAGAUCAUCCAGUGUGACAACUGUGGCGUGACCGUGCAUGAAGGUUGUUAUGGUGUCGAUGGUGAAAGUGACUCUAUCAUGAGCUCAGCCUCGGAGAACUCGACAGAACCGUGGUUCUGUGACGCGUGCAAGAAUGGCGUCACACCCAGCUGCGAACUCUGUCCCAGUCAGGACGGCAUCUUCAAAGAAACUGAUGCGGGGAGGUGGGUGCACGUGGUGUGUGCCCUUUAUGUUCCAGGGGUCGCAUUUGGAGAUAUUGACAAGCUGCGGCCUGUAACGCUCACAGAGAUGAACUACUCAAAGUAUGGAGCAAAGGAGUGCAGUUUGUGUGAGGAUGCACGCUUUGCUCGCACAGGCGUUUGCAUCAGUUGUGAUGCCGGAAUGUGCCGCUCAUUCUUCCACGUUACGUGUGCUCAACGAGAAGGGCUGCUGUCUGAAGCUGCUGCGGAAGAGGACAUUGCUGAUCCAUUCUUUGCCUACUGCAAGCAGCAUGCAGACCGCUUUGACAGGAAAUGGAAAAGGAAGAAUUACCUGGCCCUGCAGUCCUACUGCAAAGUGUCUUUGCAGGAAAGGGAGAAGCAGCUCACACCUGAAGCUCAGGCUCGAAUAACCACGCGGCUUCAGCAGUACAGAGCGAAAGCAGAGCUGUCUCGAAACACUCGGCAGCAGGCAUGGGUGCCACGAGAGAAGCUUCCCCGGCCGCUCACCUCUAGUGCUUCAGCCAUCCGUAAACUGAUGCGUAAAGCCGAGCUCAUGGGUAUCAGCACAGACAUCUUCCCCGUGGACACAUCCGAUACCAGCGCAAGUGUGGACGGACGGCGUAAACAUAAGCAGCCUGCCCUCACGGCAGACUUUGUUAACUACUACCUAGAGCGGAACAUGAGGAUGAUUCAGAUUCAGGACAACAUCGUGGAGCAGAAGAACCUUAAAGACAAGCUGGAGAGUGAGCAGGAGAAACUGCACAUGGAGUACAACAAGAAAGUGAACUCUCCUCCAGUUCUGAAAGCUCCCAAAGAGAGAAAGCCAAGCAAGAAAGAGGGAGGAUCACCAGGGAAGGCAUCGAACCUCCCAGCUAUGCUCUACAGCUGUGGGAUCUGUAAGAAAAACCAAGACCAGCAUCUUUUACUUCUAUGUGACACCUGUAAGCUGUAUUACCACCUGGGCUGCCUGGACCCACCUCUCACACGCAUGCCGAAGAAGACCAAAAAUAGCUACUGGCAGUGCUCUGAGUGCGACCAGGCCAGCAGUGACGAGGCUGACAUCGCCAUGGAGACGCUACCAGAUGGAACCAAAAGGUCCAGGAGGCAGAUCAAGGGACCAAUCAAAUUUAUCCCUCAAGAAAUGAGCCCAGAGCCCAAGAAGCUUCAAGUGAGAGGGACUAGAACCAGAGGCCAGAAGAGGAAGAGAAUGUCCAUCUGCGAAGAGGAGAAGAUCGAGGAACCGUCACCGCGGGAGCGCAGACAGAGGCAGUCGACUCUGCAGAAAAAGCCCAAAGCCGAUGACACGCGGACCGAGUGCACCACCUGCAAGGGCCCCGGCGAUAAUGAAAACCUAGUGAGGUGUGAUGAGUGUCGGCUCUGUUACCACUUCGGCUGUCUGGACCCUCCCCUGAAGAAGUCGCCCAAACAAACCGGCUAUGGAUGGAUCUGUCAGGAAUGUGACACCUCUUCAUCAAAGCAGGGACUUUGUCAGUCGAUUGGCACAAGUUGGUGUAGGUGUUCGCCACUCUGCAAUUGCACCUAA